CCAUUUCAUUUACCCGUGUGAACCAAACGGCCCUGAUAUUUUACCAAAUGAAGCCGGGUAAACCUACUCGCCGAUGUCAAAAUUACGAGUUUACGACCUGUAAAGGCGAACCCUCCUGCUAAUCGUCCACUGAAUAUCUCUCCUCCAAACUGCGCACAAUGUCGAACCGAUCAUCGCAUCAUCGGCAAGAAACCAGCAAUUUCAGCGGCGGCAGGGGCUCUCGCGGCAAAACCCAGAAAAUAUUUGUGCCCAAAACGAACCCAAAUCCAACAGCACCGCCGCCACCACCACCAACAAACAGUAGUUUCUCCGCUUCUGUGCGACAAUGUCAAUUCUCAAAUCCAGCAUCAUCCGCCGCUCAUUCUCAGGGCAGUAGAGUUCAAUUUGAUGCGAAUGGUGAGUGGGUUUCAAGUAGCAAACGCCAGAACAGUAGCAGCAACAAUGGUGGUGGGAAUUUCGUGAAUUACCUACCCCAGGAUGAAGCUGUGGCUGUUGGUUUAGGUUCGGAUGAAGGUGGUUUAGACCCCCUUGAGUCUCAGCGAGUCGUUGAUCUUCUCAACAGAGAGUUGGCUCGGUUGCUCAAGUUAAAACCCAGAGAAUUUUGGCGAGAAGUGGCGGUAGAUGUGUCCUUGCACGAAUUUCUUGACAGUUUCCUGCAGUUUAGGAAUAGAUGGUAUGAUUUCCCUUAUCAUGGAGCUAAGGGAAUCGUUGCUGGUGUUAUUGUUGGGGAUUUGGAGCUAAGCCGGCGUGUUUUCAUGUUAUUGUACAGAAUAUCUUCUAAUAAGGAUCCUGGUUUGCGAGCCACAGAGAGCUUGAGUCAAAAGGAUCACCAAGUCCUUUUGCAGGGAAAAAAAUUGCUAGAUUUGCCCAAGUUGUUGGAUAUUUGUGCGGUCUAUGGUCAUGAAAAUGAAGAAUUGACCAGAUCAUUGGUUUUGAAUGCUAUGAAUGCGCAGCCUGAUAUCUACAGAAGUCUCACUGCCAUGCUGUCUCAUUUAUUGGGCAUUGUUCGCACAAUGUGUGAACGCUGCAAGUCAUCUUUAGAGGCUUUCAUUUCUACUGGUGGUUUUGUGGACAAUGGACCCAGUCAACGACAUAUUGAAUAUUUAGAGGUGAUGGAUUUCCUAAAUGACGCUGUUGUAUCCAUGGCCACAUUUAUUAGUGCUUAUAGGCCUGCAGCUCUUUACUUCUCUUGCCCUAUUGAUGCUAGUCACGGUAACGAGGAAUUGAUCAUUGUUCUUGCAACUUUGCAUGACUCGCUGCUACCCUUCUUAAAACAAGGGCUCCAAAUCAUUUUAGCUGCUGGGGAGACGACAUCUCCCCUGCUUUCUGAUGUUUCUGUUAGUUUAAAAAUAUUAUCUUCAAGAUUAGUUGAUCUUGGCUGGAAAUUAUUAGAUAAUUGUUACCUGAGUGAGGAGCUUUUUGAAGACAACCUUCCGUUCCCUGCUACCAUGAAGAUGUUUCCUUUUAGUGUUGAGGAUCCUGUUAUAAGGGCUGAUAUAUUGGUUCAAACGUUUAAGGAGAUUGCUGCAGUUCCUCAGGGUAAAAAUCACAGGGGUACAUUUCUUCAAAAUAUUGAAAGAACUUACCAAAUUAUGCACAGAAUACAGAGCCUCAAACAAAGUGGAUGGGCUUUAAUAGAUGAUGAGCAAUACCAAUACUUGACUGGGAUGAUGAUACAUCCAUUACCUGCUGUUUCUAGGAAGUUAUCCAGUGCUCCAAACUCUGAUCGCUUGCAAGUGGCAGAAGAUGCAGCAAUUGCUGAGUCAAAGAUCAGUCAAGUGAAAGAUCUUUUCCCUGAUUAUGGAAAAGGAUUUAUAUCAGCUUGUCUUGAAGCUUAUGAUCAUAAUCACGAGGAGGUUAUUCAAAGGAUUUUGGAUGGAACUUUGCAUGAAGAUCUGCGGAGUCUGGACAAUUCAAUGGAGACAGUUCCAGUUAAGUCUGCUCCACUGUUGAUGAAGAAAGAUAAAGGAAAGGGGAUAUUGGUGGAAUCUACAGAAGUGCCUAGUACAACUUCAAUCUCAAUACCUCAGAAGCCAAAGCAUGAACCAAUUUCAUCAUCAGGAUCUUCCAUAUCAUCUUCAGUUGGACGAUUUGUCAGGAAAUCUAAAGGCGACCAACCUGAUCAUGAUACUCUUGGUUCUAGAGAUGAGAAGCACAUGGAAAAGACGACUGCCUUGUUGUCUCAAUAUGAAUAUGAAGACGAGUAUGAUGAUUCUUUCGAUGACCUUGGCAUGACUGUUAUGGAAUCUGGUGUGGAGGAGACAGAGAUUUUAGGUGAGAGAAUCCGUUCAAAAUUGAGUGCGUCGUCCGGGGCUGACAGUCAAGGUUCUGGUUCCAACGCAGCUACUUCCAAAUGGAAUUCUAAAAAGAAACCUCAGUUUUAUGUCAAGGAUGGUAAGAAUUACAGUUAUAAGGUUGAAGGAUCUGUUGCGGUGGCUGAUCUAAAGCAAGCAUCUCUACUCAAUCAAGCUCAGAAAGAACAAAUACAUGGACUCGGACGUGGGGGUAACCGUCCUUUUGGUGCUGUUAAGAUUCUAGAAGAGCAGAACCAAGUAGAAGCGGAUGAGUCUGAUCCUUUAGUAGUGGAUGGUGGUGAUAAUGCUGGAAGAGGAAGGGGACGUGGAAGACGGGGAGGAGGAAGAGGAGGCAGCGGUGGUGGAAGGAAUAAUCAUUACAGAAAGGAUAGAGCCAUGAAGAAGCACAUGACUGGAUUAGGUGGUUUUUAGGUAUAUACUGAAACAACUAAGGGUUGUACAGUCAUUUUGAUAUUCACAGAUCUGCAGUUUUGGAAAUUUACCCUCUGGUCUAUAGUUACCAAAUUUUUACAGUUCAAGUGCAAAAGAAACAAGAAAACAAAAGAAAAAUUCAAAAUACCAGUAUAAGACAAGAAAGAUAGAAAGCUAGAUUUCCGGAAAUGGUAACAGUGUGAGUUUUCUGUUAGGAACUAUCGGCCCGAUAGCUGACAACUUGAUACUACGCCAUUGCAAUGGUAAAUUUGUAUUUUGUAACUGUUCCAAAAUAUAUGUUUAUAGAAGAUGGCAAGAUAAGUAGUGCUAUCAAAAAAUAAUGUGAAUACAUGAUCCUAACUUUUUAUUUACGCUUUUGAACA